GAUUUCAUGUACAAUGUGGAGCAACUACUCAUUUUGUGAGAAAUUUAGUAGUUGAAUUUGUGGCUAUUGUUGUUUUAACGAUAACGGGAACCCGUUUCUUCGUUCCCAUGUCUUUGUGUGUUGAUAUUUCCUUCCAGUCUGUGAUGUCAAAGGAUUCUAAACGAAAGACAGUUCAAGUCUGAAGGUGUGUGACCGUGCGGUUGAUGACCUCUGCUCUACUGAAGAACAGCGCCUUUGAAUGAUCCCUGCCCAUGUGCUGACAAUCCAGCUGAUAACUUGUACUCAGUUGAAACACGAGGACAAUGUUAUUAGUGAAUAACCUUCCGGCACAGCAAUGGCCAGAGGUUCCCAGAAGUUUGUAGAUCAACCUUUUUAUGUACGUCCAUGAACGGUUCUUACAAUGGAUGACCACCUUCUACUCGUCAUUAUUGGUCUACUUCUGGUGCCAUUGAUAUCACUGUAUUCCAUGGUCAUAAUUCCGGCAAUGUUUGGCCUUGAAAUUGGUGUUCGAAGAUUAUAUGUCAAAAUAUUAGUCCAUAUAUUUGAGUUUGCAAAUAAUAAAAUACAUGAAGACACUUUUAAAUCAUCAACUUGGGGAAAGCAGCGGAUUGCAUUAGCUUCUAAACAAAGUGGUGAAGAGAUUGUGACCAGUAAUGGUACAGUUGUCACAGCACAGGAGUUGAUCCAGCGUGAUAAACCAAAUAAUGUAACCGAGGGAUUUGCAGGAGACAGCAACAACUCUAUUGAAAAACUUAAACAUAGUUUUGAGCUAUCAGACAUUUGUUAUUUUGCCAGAACAGGUGUAGAGUCCAUCAUUGAUGAUGAAGUAACUAAACGAUUUGAUGCAGAAGAGUUACCAUCUUGGAAUCUUUUAACUCGCACCAAUCAAAAUUAUCAGUUUUUGAGUAUUCGACUGACAGUCUUGUGGAGUCUUGGUUUUAUUAUUAGAUACUGUAUUCUAUUACCAUUUAGAGUAACACUGACUAUUAUUGGCAUAUUAUGGUGUAUGGUAGUCUACUCUAUUAUUGGAUAUCUACCAGCAGGAAAACUAAAACGUACAAUUUAUUGGCAUAUUAGUUUAAUGACACAGAGAAUACUGGGACGUUGUUUAUCUGCUGUUGUAAACUAUCACAACAGAGAAUACAGAGCUGAAGGUGGUGGUAUCUGUGUCGCCAAUCAUACAUCACCUAUAGAUACUGUUAUACUUGGUGGUGAUAACUGCUAUGCCAUGAUUGGUCAGGAACAGGGUGGUUUUUUUGGAAUGAUGCAGAGAGCGUUCAGUAGGGCCGAGUCGCAUAUAUGGUUUGAUAGAGCUGAAAUGAAAGACAGAAAAGCAGUUAGUAUGAGAAUGAAAUCUCAUGCUGAAGAUCCUCUUAAGUUGCCUAUACUCAUCUUUCCAGAAGGCACUUGUAUUAACAAUACAUCAGUUAUGAUGUUUAAGAAAGGCUGCUUUGAGAUUAACGCUACUAUAUACCCUGUAGCCAUUAAGUAUGACCCAAGGUUCGGAGAUGCAUUCUGGAAUAGCAGUAAAUUCUCUUUGUUAGAAUAUUUAAUACUAAUGUUCACCAGCUGGGCAUUAGUAUGUGAUGUUUGGUAUCUGCCACCAAUGACAAAAAAAGAUGAUGAGAGUGCUGUGGAAUUUGCUAAUCGUGUUAAGUCGGCUAUAGCUAAGCAAGGCGGUCUAUUAGAUUUAGUAUGGGAUGGUCAGCUGAAAAGACAGCAGGUGAAGAGUACAUUUAAAGAAAAACAACAAGCUGACUACAGUAAACUACUGAAAGCUGAAUAAAAAGAGAAACAAGAAGCUGAUUAAGUAAGCUGAAGAAAACUGAAUACAAUAUAAAUCAACUCUGAAUUAGUGUAUACCAUAUCAAUAAAGUGAAGAAUCCACCCAUUAAUAUAUUUAAAUGUUGAAACAUAACUUUGAUAUACAAUAUAUAAAUAAUUAUUUAACACAUUUUAUAUUCAUUGUGAUUCCUUCCUGGAUUGGUAUUUGUACAAAUUUAAGGAUUAUUUACAUGGAUGAUUGGCAUAAUAAUGAAAUGAAUUGUAUUUGAAUGGCAUAAAUGCUUUCCAUUUUUCUGUGUACUGUUUUUGUUCAUCAUAGCUAUUAGUGCUGGCAUGGUAUAUAAAGUUUUAGUUUUUAGUAAUCAAUGCACACUCACAAAGUGUCCAGUAAGUCAUAAAUUUGAUGAUACAGCAAUAAGUAUUAAUUUCGCUAAAAUUCAGGUUAGUUAUUUUAGAUUCAAAUUAUGUUCCGAUACAGCUUGCGUCUUUAUUUUGUCAUGGUAUCUUGCAAAAAUAUUUACAGGGGGUGUUUUUUUUUUGGCAAACAAAUUAUUCCAGACAUCAAUAAACUGGUUUUCUACUUACCUGCUUACUAGUUCACGCAUGUUUUUGUUUUCCCAAUAGAAAUACAAGAUUUUUGUUUAGACAAAGGAAAUGACAUUGAAUCAUGUAUAAGGGGUGCAAUUUGUCUAAUUCGUCAAGUUAAGUUUCAGUUAAGUUCAGUUCAGUUCAGUUCAGUUCAGUUCAGUUCAUAUCAAAUCUGUAUGCUGGAAGAGAAGUGUAUAAUAAAU